GUCAGGCAGGAGCCUCAGGUGGGCAGCCACUAGGGAGAUGGGGCCAUGGUGGGUCAGAGGGCCCAGCACCAACCGGUCAGCCUCCUGCUGCUGAUACGCCUCUGCCUUCUACAUCUGAGGGCCUCAGGCCAGCCCCACCCGACCCCCGACUCCCCAGCAGAGGAGGUGGUGUCCGUCCAGGGAGUGCGAGGCGGCUCUGUGGAGCUGGCCUGCAGCUCCGGGCCUGCCCCACUGCUGGUCCUCUGGAGCUUCACCCCCCUGGGCUCCCUGGUUCCCCGGCCAGUGGCCAUCACGGAUGGAGCCAUGUCCAAGGUGGAGGCCGUAGCCUCAGCUCUGGGAGUCGUGAGUCUCAGGAACAGCAGCCUGGUGCUGGGGGAGCUUCGCGAGGGCGCCCGUGGCCACUUCCUGUGCCAGGUUCUGCACGUGGCCAGUGGCCAGCUCCACACCACCUACUCCCACCUUAUGCUGGCUGUGCUUGUGCCGGUGUCCAAGCCUCAAGUGCGACUGAGUAACCCGUCUCCGGUGGAGGGAGCCUCUGUGGUGGCCACGUGUGCAGUGCGAGAGGGCACAGAGCCUGUGACCUUUGCCUGGCAGCAUCGGGCAUCCCGAGGCCUUGGAGAGGCCCUGGUCGGGGUCACAGAGCCACUAUUCCAUCUGGACCCUGUCAACCGGACACACCUGGGCUGGUACAUGUGCAGCGCUCGCAACUCUGUGAACAGGCUAAGCAGUGAAGGGGCCUUCCUGGACGUCAUCUAUGGUCCUGACAAGCCUGUGAUCUCUGUGGAGCCACUGGGACUCACGGAGGAGGGUUUCUGGGCCAGUGAGAAGGAAGAGGUGACCUUGAGCUGCCUGGCUGCCUCCAACCCUCCUAGUCACUAUGUGUGGCUCCGUGACCACACACAAGUCCACACGGGGCCUACCUACGUCAUCACCAGAGCUGGCCGUGCCCACACGGGCCUGUACACCUGCCUGGCCCGCAACAGCUACCUGGACACCCGCACCCAGACUACUGUUCAGCUCACCAUCUACUAUCCCCCUGAGGGGCAGCCCUCCUGUGCAGUGCUUCCCAGCCCUGAGGCUGUGACUCUGCUCUGUGCCUGGCCUGGGGGGCUUCCACCUGCCCAGCUGCAGUGGGAAGGGCCCCAGGGACCUGGCCCUACUGCCCCCAGCAAUGUCACCUGGAGUCAUGCAGCCACCCAGCUCCCCAGUGGCACUGUCUUCACCUGUACUGGCCAGCACCCAGCCCUGGCACCAUCUGCCCUCUGCACAGUCACGCUCUGGGAGCCUCUCGGGAGGCCAGCCUGCUGGAGCACAGCCACUAUGGGGGACCAGUUCAUCAUGCUGAGUUGUGAGUGGCCUGGCGGCGAGCCCCCCGCCACGCUGGGCUGGCUUGAUGAACAGCAGCAACCCCUGGGCGGCAGCAGCUCCUCGAUGGCUGUUCACCUCCUGCAGGCCCAGGAAGAUCUGGCUGGCCGAGAGUUCACCUGCCGGGGCACUCACCUGCUCAGGACCCCUGAUCCCCACUGCCACCUCCGGCUGGAAGCCCCGCAGUUGGACGUGGCUGAGCCCCGGGUGUCAGUGUUUGAGGGGGGAGAGGCCUGGCUGGAGUGCUCUCUCCGGCAGGGCACACCACCUGCCCAGCUCCUCUGGCUGGGACCUCAGCAACAGCAGGUGGAGCCGGGCACUUUGGGAUUCGUGCUGCACCCUGAGCAUACCCAGCUGCGUCUGGGCAUCCGCGAUGCUGACCCGACACGCCACAGGGGCACCUACCAAUGCGUGGCCCGCAACGCCGUGGGCAACAGCAGUCGAGGCGUGCUGCUGGAGGUCCUGAGAUAUCCAGCUCCUCCCAACGUCACCAUCAGACGCCUGACCUAUGGGAGGCACCGGAGGGAGGUGCAGCUUCAAUGGGCCAUCGCAGGCCCUGGGAACCUGACGGGCUUCCUGGUGCAGCGGAAGGCCAGUGCCCUGGGCCCAGGAGCUGGGGCGUGGGAGAUAGCAGCUAGUGACAUCGAGCCGGAGAGCCGAGGCCGGCGGCUGGGAGGCUUGGACCCUGGGGUCCUUUAUGCCUUCCGCAUCCUGGCUCUGAAUCACCACACUGCAGGACAUCCCUCUGAGGUGAAGAUACCAGCGGACCCCCCCUUCAGCGCCUAUCCAGCGGUGUUGGGUGCAGCAGGCACCGGAAUGGUGGUGGCCACGGUGGCCUCUCUACUGGUGUUCCAGUAUGCUGCCCGGCACCCGGAGACUUUCCCUCGCCUUGGUCAACUGCUUGUUCCCAUGGAGCAAAGGCACCAACAGCAGGGUUCAAGAGAAGACGCUGAGGCACAGGCAGGCCUUGAAACACCAACCACCACCCCAGGUUUGGAUCCUGCACAAGAAACCACAGAUGCGCCAGUGAAUGUCACCAUCACCGUGACUGCAACGCCAUGAGGCCCAAAGAGGAAGAGGCAAGGAGGCUUAGGGAGGCCAGGUGGGAUUUGGGAAGAGCCCUUCUGUCAGACUUUGUUGUGAAACCAAGGUAGCUAAGACACCAACUACCACUUUACUUAAUACCCAGUCUUACGACCAGUGCAGGGCCCAGCUGCAGUGCCCCUAAGUGACACGGUUACAAGAGAAGCCCUGGCCCAACCCGUGGAAGACAGAGGUGGCAGGACGAGGAGGAGGACCCACAGCUGGGAGAGAAGGAUCACUGGGUGUCUGAGGGCAAGUGAAAGCCAUGGUACUGGGGACCGUUUCUGGUGCUAGAGAAAUAUGAGCAAACCAGCUGCUUCCAGAAAAAAGUCUGUGGAUGGAGCAAUUCCUAAAUAAAUCAUAGCUGAUGCCACACUAAUAGAGGGCUUUCCAUUGCAACUCCCACAGAGAGCAGCCGAUUGCUGGGUCCCAGGUCUGGCUAGUGGGAAGAAGCAAGGUGUGUAGGUGCGUGUUCAUUUGCUCAACCAUAGCUUAGAAACAUCACUGAUGCUG